AUGGCGAGCUCAGAGGGGUCCCGGGAAGCAGGACAAAUGUGGGGCCAAGGUGGAAGCAUCAGUGGCAAACCCUACUUUAUUGUGCAAUACCAUGAUUUGGUCGCUGGAGCUCCUCUCCGCAGCAGCCCGCCUCCGCUCCGCCACCAGCCACGGAGCGACGCAUCCCGUGAAACCACCCGUGCAUGCGACCUUGUUGCCUUCGCCCAUGUCCUCUCCGCCGCGCGACAUCCCCGAUUUGGUCCGGGUCAGGACUACAUGUUCGUGCGGGAAUUUGUUGCAUUUCUAGCUAGUGUAUUGCUCAAGUGUUGCAAAGAGUCAGACAGCUCGGACAUGGAAACAAUCCUAGGUGGCUUGGCUUCUCUUAGUGAUGAGCUCUCUUGGUUCAGGAAGGAAGCUGCUAAGUGGAGUGUUGAUCUGGCCGGUAUUUCUCCCCUCAGUUCUAAUAUGGAGUACUGCAGGUUUCUCCAAAGCCUUGAUGAUCCAGAGAUCAGCUACACUGUAGCCAUAACUACGUUUUGGAUAAUUGAAACCGUGUACCAGGAUAGUUUUGCUUUCUGCAUAGAAGAAGGUAACAAGACCCCGGCGGAGCUCCUGGGGACGUGUCAGAGAUGGGGCAGCCCUGAGUUCAAGCAGUACUGCCAGUCUCUGCAGCGGAUCGCUGAUCGCUGCUUGGCAAAUGCGCCACCUGAUGUUGUCAAGAGUGCUGAAGAGGCUUUUCUUCGGGUGCUUAAGCUGGAAAUUGGAUUCUGGGACAUGAGUUCUUCUCUGUCCUAA